UCCAUGCUCUGAUCCUACCAAAAAAAUUUGCAGCCAGAUGACCGGCCAUUAGUUUAGUAGGCGAUUGUUCUACACAUUUUAGCCAUCAAAUUUGCGUAAGAAAAUUGCCAUUUCUUUCCUUAUCCUCUGUACAGUUGUCAAAAGAAAAAAGAAAACACAAAAGAAAGAAAUUACUGCUAUCAUUGUAACAGUCCAAAUUACCGAACUGUUUUCCAAUGGCGCUAAAUAACAAUAAAUUUGAUGCUCUGAACAACAGCGAGGAUAGUGAUGACGAUGAAACAUCAUUCGCGGAAGACAGAAAGAAAAAGGAUUUAGCCUUGCCACCUAUUCAGGUUCCCAGAGAAGAACACCCACUUCAGUAUACAUAUUGCUUGUGGUUUAGUCGACGAGCUCCAGGAAAACAUGCAGCACCUCAAAGUUUUGAUCAAAACCUAAGACUGGUUGGGCGAUUUGCCUCUGUUGAACAGUUCUGGUCUUAUUAUUGCCAUUUGAUCAAGCCCUGUGAAUUGUCUGGUCAUAGUGAUUUCCAUUUGUUCAAAGAUGGAAUUAAACCAAUGUGGGAGGAUGAUGCCAAUCGCUGUGGUGGCAAAUGGAUUGUGCGUCUCCGUAAAGGUUUGGCUUCGCGUUGUUGGGAGAAUUUAAUAUUAGCAAUGUUAGGUGAACAGUUCAUGGUAGGCGACGAAAUUUGUGGGGCCGUCAUCUCGAUUCGAUUUGCUGAGGAUAUUAUUUCUGUGUGGAAUCGCAUUGCGAGUGAUCAAGCCACUACCACUCGUAUUCGAGACACUCUUCGCCGUGUCUUAAAUCUUCCGCCUAACACCAUACUUGAAUACAAAAACCAUACGGAUUCUCUCAAGGACAAUUCCAGUUUUCGGAAUACCGAUGUCUUUGUCAGAUGAAGGCACAUCUCAAGCGGAAUAUAAAUAAAUUGAAAGCUGACAUGA